AGUUUAUAAAGUUUGUAUUCAUCUUUUGUGCACAAACUCUGAUACUAGGUCAUUAAUUUGAAUUGUUUACACCAAUUUUGUAUUUUAGUAGAGAAUUCAUGUUACUACUGCUCAAUUUCCUUUUCAAUUUCAUUAGACUCAGAAUUGAGACUGCAAAUUCCAAGACAUCAUUGUGCCUGAUAUUUUUCAGACUAAUAUUACAUAUUUUUCAUAAUAUUAUUUGUUCAGACUAAUAUCAAACUAGCUUGACCAUAUUUGUAUUACAGUUAAUCUUCCAUGAAACGUGUGAGUUACUGAAAAAGUGUUGAACUAUGGCUAAAUCGCAAAGAAGUAAACGUGAAAAACAAAAAGAUUUUGUAAAGAAGAAAGUCAAAGUUGGCAAGACUUUGCAGAAACCUCAGAAUGAAACCAUUACCACAUUCAAGACUCGGUCAAUCCUCAUUCUUGAACAGCUGGCAGAAAAGGAAGCUGGUUCAAAUGUCACUAAAAAGCGUUAUACUCUAUCGGAAUUGUGCUCCAGACUUGGUCAGAAGAACCCUAAUCAGAAGUUGGACGCAUGUCAGGGCAUCAAUGAACUCUUUGGGAAGUUGUCCAGUGAACAGACACGUCUGGGUCUAUCAAGCCUCAUGCCUGCCCUGUGUCCCUGCCUGCUGGACGAUGACAGCAAAGUACGGACAACAACAAUCCAGUUGUUUGAGCUGCUCAUUGACAAG